AAAAAAUCCUGGUUCUCUAGAUCGAUGCGGUGUGUCGCUCUCGCUCUCUCGAGCCAUUUUUGCUCGACUCCACGCCACGCUCGACGUGUUGGACCGUCGGACUCGUCGGCGCUCCAUGGAGCAACUCGAUGAAGCUUUCGGAGCCGUGAAGCAACGAAGCCUUGGUCUUCCGAGCAUUUUGCAGACCUGGGCUGGGCGGAGCUCAGCUCCAGCAGUCUUUGGCGCCUUCGUCAAAGCCUUGGAAGACUCCUCCGGCCCCGCCGCGGGCCGGGCACCGACUCCGCUCUUCGAGCGGUCGGACUACAGCGCAGCCCUCUCAGUUUGUGCGCGCAUCAGCUGGUGGCAGUCCGCUGUGCGAAUCUUGAUGACCAUGAUGGAAGUGAAGAUCCAGCCGAACACCUUCAGCUUCAACGUGGUGAUGAGAUCAACGCGGCAAUGGCAACUCUCUGUGACCUUGCUGGACACUAUGCGGCUUUCUGAAGUGACUCCAGAUGUGAUCAGUUUCAAUUCUGUCAUCAACAGCUGCGAGAAAGGUGAAACAUGGCGGCAGGCAUUGUCCCUGUUCAACACCAUAUGGCAUGCAGUUUUACAGCCCGACGAGUUAAGCUUUGCAGCAAGCAUCAAUGCUUGCAAGAAAAGUGGGCGGUGGCAGGAGGUCUUGAGUUUAAUGAGCGAAAUGAUUUCUGUAAGCUUUCAGCCAGGGCUUUUGUGUUUCAAUUCCGCCAUUGGUUCCUGCCGGGGGGACAGCUGGGAAGCAGCAUUGAACUUGCUGGAUGCAAUUCCUCGAGCUCAACUGCAGCCAGAUGUCAUUGGCUGGAAUGCCGCCAUAUGUGCAUGUGGCAACGACAUGCAAUGGCAAUGGGCGUUGAUCUUGUUUGAUUCCAUGGACUCUCUAAACAUUGAACCCACUGCGGCUAGCUUUACGGCGGUCAUUACAUCAUGCAGGAAGGGCACCAAAUGGGAGGAGGCACUGGCUGUCUUUGACCUGAUGCCAGAAGCAGACGUGCAGCCAAACCUUAAAGCGUUUACCGCCGUCAUUACUGCAUGUGAGGGGCAAUGGCAGCAAGCAUUCUCUUUAUUCAAAACCUUGCCGAGUCGAAACAUUCAGCCGGAUUGGUUUGUGUUUGAUGCUUUGAUCACCUCCUUAGAGAUGGGCAGUCAGUGGCAAGAGUCUUGGCUGUUGCUGAAGGCGCAGCAGGAUGCGAGCAUUCAGCCGGAUGUUCAGCUCUUCUUCCGUGCGCUUGAUUCUUGCAAGGAAUGGCAGCAGGCACUUGCCAGGCUCAAAGCAAUGGUCAGCAAUGUGCUCCAGCCAGAUGUUGUUUGCUACACCGCAGCGAUCAGUUCUUGCCAAGAAGGCGAGCAAUGGCAGCAGGCACUAGCCCUUUUCAACGCGAUGCCCGUUGCAAAGGUUGCACCAGAUGUUGUUUGCUUUGGUGCAGCAAUCAGUUCUUGCAAGGAGAGUGGCCAGUGGCAGCAGGCCCUAGCCCUUUUCAAUACAAUGCCCUUCGCCGAGGUUCGCCCAAAUGUUUUUUGCUUUGCUGCUGCGAUCAGCACUUGUGCAAAAGCUGGGCAAUGGCAACGCUCCCUGUACUUCGUUGAUACCAUGUCCAAAGCCUAUGUCCCCCCUGACCUUGCUUUGUUCAAUGCCAUUCUCGCGAGCUUCAAACAAGGCGGCCAUUGGGAGCUGGCGCUGGGUCAGUUUGAAGCCUUAUGCAAAUCUAGAUUCAAGCCAGAUGUGACCAGCCACAAUUCCCUUCUAGCUUCUUGUGAGAAUGGUGGGCAGUGGCAACAGGCAUUGGCCUUCUUCAAGGCGAUGUACGCGCAAGAUUUGCGACCCGAUUCAUUGAGUUAUGCUUCUGCGAUGAAUUCAUGCGUGCUUGGUAAGCAGUGGCAAUGUGCAUUGAGUUUAUUGGAACACAUGAGAGCCACAAAGUCUCCGCGAGAUAAUGCAGAUGUGAUGGCGUUCAAUCUUGCAAUCACCACUUGUUGCAACUAUGAGUUGUGGCAGGAGGCCUUGACUCUGUUUGAGUCGAUGAGCACUUCAAGCAUAGAGGCGGACGUGAGCUCCUACAAUGCUGCGAUCAGCGCCUGGGGAAUGGACGAGCAGUGGGAAAAGGCCUUGAACUUGAUGCGAUCCAUGGAAGCUGCUGAGAUGCAGCCGGAUUCCUUCACCCAUAGCGCCAUGAUCCAUUCUUGCGGCCACCUGCACUGGGAACAGGCGUUGAUGUUUUUUGAGAGGCUGGGUUCAACAGAAGACCCAACCAUUUAUUCGUACAGUAGUGCGAUAGCUGCGUGUGGGAAAGCAAUGCAGUGGCAGAUCUCAAUGAGCUUGCUGGAUGCGCUGUGCGCACAACGUUUGCAACCCAACAGGCAAUGUGUUGUUUCUGUGGCGGCUGCCUGCAAAGGAGGACAAUGGGAGCGGGCCUUGGAUUUUUUUGACACGGUGCGCUCGAGGGGGCUUGAACCCAACGCCGCCACAUACAGCGCCCUGCUCGAGGUGAUGUUGAGCGAUUGAGUGUUCACAGCUAAUAAAAAUCACCACAAAAUUAGGGCGUCCAAAGGGAGAGGGCUAAGAAAAAGAGAGAUGAACAGAACAGUUGGUGUGGAGCUGGGUGUUGUACAGGUCUGUGGCUUUAAGCUUUGAGAAGGUUGCUAUUCUAUUUUUUCGGCCUUCAACAAGUUCAACAAUUUGGCGUCAAGAUCCAGCAUGAUCAAAGCAUGGUCUCAUUUGGGUGGUGGUUUCAGAUGUUCAGAUAUUUUUAUGCUCAACCUUUGGGAAGAUUUGGCACUGGCUAUUUAGCAGACUUCAGCCUUCGCCAGCAAAAAUUGCCAUUUGACAGAGGCUUGGGCAUCGCUUGGGCAUCGUGAAGAUUGCUUCAAUUGAGAUGCAGCAUUAUGUUCCACAUGUUGUUUGGAUGGUGUUUAUUGAUGUUGCCACAUGUGGAAGACGCUGUUUCAAUGCUU